AUGGCCAAUCCAAAGCCCUAUCCCAUGCCUGUUGCCGUUCUCGCUUCCACUCCCACCGCUUCCACUCCCACUUCUACCCCAAGCUUCACCCCAACCCUCAUCCAAUCCCCAACCACUGUAAAGGAUGCAAUCCUUUUGAAGACAAGCUAUAAAUCCAUCAUAUCUAGGGUGAUUGCCAAGGGGAUGUUCAAGGAGAUUGCCAAGGCCCACUCUAGCGGUGUGUUUGGGCUCGAUCUCUCGGGUGGGAGUGCAUUCCAUCUCGAUGGAAAGACAGUGACACUGAGCGUCAAGAAGCGCAAGCCUGAUUCGGGCCGGAUUGACAUGGACGGGAAUAGAGUGGCCCUGACCGAUUCGGAACGGAAGGACACGGACCUUAUCGCGUGUGCGCGGAUUGCCACGGAGUUUUUCAUGGUCUGCAGGGAUUCUAAGAAGUUCAUCCGAGGGAUCGAGGAUACCCUUAUCGGGAGCGAUGUCUACAUCGACAUCGAUGAGUUUGUGCCCGAGUGUUGGGCACACAAGAACAAGAGGUUCUGCCAUGCGGCGCUGCUUGCGUGCUUCACCGCCGUUAUGAACCCGGCCUUUGAGGAUUACUCUUGCAAAUACAACAUGGCGCUGAAUGUUUGCAGUUGCGCGGAUUUUUGA